AUGUCGACUGCAGGCCCAGUAACUCCCGUCUAUGACUACAUAAUCAUUGGGGGUGGCACUGCCGGCCUUGUCCUUGCCAACCGUCUAUCUGAGAACAGCGACAUUACUGUCGCAGUCAUUGAAGCCGGUGGAGACGCGAGUGCGGAUCCUCGUUCUGUUGUUCCAGGGUUGUUCAUAGGUGCGCUGGGAAGUGAACUGGACUGGAAUCUCGCGUCGGUACCCCAGGCCGGACUCAAUGACCGACGUAUUGGGCAUAAUCAAGGCAAAGCACUCGGUGGAAGUUCAAGCAUAAAUGCCCAAGCCCUGAUUCCCUUCAGCGCUACCGAUAUCAACGUCUGGGAGUCUUUCAUUGGGAACACAGGCUGGAAUUAUGGAUCACUCUCACCAUACCUUCAGAAAGCCUUCAGCAUUGUCCUCCCUGAUGAGCCUACCGUGACACAUUUGAACAUUUCAUGGGUAACAUCUUGGGCUUCCAAAGCUGUAGGCCCCCUGGCCUCCUCCUUCGUGGACAUUAAUGAAAAUCCAAUACCAAAGGCCUGGAUCGACACUUUGACAGCUCUCGGACACCCUCUCACUGCAUCUCCGUUCUCGGGCAGGUCAACGGGACCAUAUAUUGCACCCUCCACUGUCGUAUCCAGCUCAAAGACUCGAUCCUCUUCUGCAACAGCAUACUACCUGCCGGUAGCCAACCGAAAGAAUUUAAAGGUUAUCACUAGGGCCACUGUAAACAAGAUCAUCUUAGAGAAAAAAGCAGCCCUCCAAACUGCAACAGGAGUUAUGUACGCAAUCGGCGGAGACACCAAAACACUCAACGCAAGGAAAGAGGUUAUACUUUGUGCGGGUGCAUUGAACUCACCAAAGAUUCUUGAAUUGAGCGGUAUUGGUGAUCCGGACGUUCUUCAAGCUGCUGGUGUCCCUCUGCUAUUGGAGAACAAAUACAUCGGCACGAAUCUGCAGGACCAUCUCCUGUGUCCGAUAAGCUUCGAAGCCAUUGAUGGAUUUCCUACUGGCGAUGAUUUGCUAAGGGGAGAUCCAGAAGCAAUUGCAACAGCCCAGAAGCAAUAUGCUGAGACUCAGUCAGGUCCCUUUUCAAGUAGUGGAGUGACCGAAUUUUCGUUCCUGCCAACUGUGGAUUUCAAGAGCGAUACAGGAGCUCUAUCGGAUCUAUUGAAGUUGCUUGAAACGACGAACAUGACCCACCCGCUCGACGCAGCAAGGAUCAAACAUCUCUCAGACCUCCUUAUUGAAGGCCAGGAGGGGACUGCGCAGUACUUUCUCUUCCUUGCCCAAAGUGCCGCAGCUGGUGAGGAUACAACGCAUGGGGUAGUUCCGCAUCCGCAGCCUGGUAAUUUCAUCACUCCUGUUGUCGCACUUUCCCAUCCAUUAUCCACGGGCACUGUCCACAUAUCAUCAUCGGACGCCGGCAUUCCGCCCGUCAUAGAUCACAAAUAUCUUUCCAAUCCAAUAGACCUUGAACUUCAUGCCCGCCAUGUUCGGUACAUUGAGGAUAUUGCGCAGACCGGUCCUUUGUCAUCAUUCCUCAAGCCAGAUGGGCGACGCAACGACCCACUUGCAUUCAUCGAUGGAAGUUUGGAAAAGGCAAAAACCUACGUCAAGGCGGCAUCGGAUACAAAUUGGCACUCGGUAGGCACAUUAGCAAUGGCUCCUAAGAACAAAGGGGGGGUUGUCGACACAGACCUGAGAGUAUAUGGCGUCUCAGGGUUGAGGGUAGUCGAUGCGAGUGUAAUUCCACUGAUGCCGCAGAGUAAUACGCAGAGUCUUGUGUAUUCAAUUGCGGAGCGAGCAGCUGAUCUGAUUAGGCAAUGUUAG